AUGACUGUGCCGGCGUUCGAAACCACAUUUGCAGUGCCUAUGACCUGCGAGGCCUGCAUCAAAGACAUCGAAGGGUCCCUUAGCAACUUGAGUGGUAUCAACAAGAUCACCGCCAAUCUUGAGGAACAACUCGUCUCGAUUGAAGGUACAGCAGCGCCGUCAGCAAUUGUCGAUGCUCUGCAAGCAAGUGGGCGAGAUGCUAUUCUUCGGGGUUCUGGAAAGUCGAACAGUGCUGCUGUUUGCAUUCUAGAGUCGCACGCCCCUCAUGUUGAGAACAAAGUUCGCGGACUUGUCCGCAUGGUCGAGGUAGCACCAAGCAUGACCGUUGUUGAUCUGAGCAUUCGAGGACUAUCACCAGGAACCUAUCACGCCACCGUUCGCGAGGCCGGCGACAUCUCGCAAGGUCCGGAGUCAACAGGUGGCAUCUGGGAAGCAUUGAAGGCCAAGAAGGAGGGCAAGCCAUGCCGAGGUGUCUUCGGUACCGUUGAGGUAGAGAAGGGUGGUGUUGGCUCUGUUUUCCUCGAUAGGCCUAUCCAGAUCUGGGAGAUGAUUGGGAGAAGUAUCAUCGUUGCGAAGCAGCAGGAUGGAAAGUUUGACAAGAACGACCCAGACACAUUAGUAGGUGUCAUCGCGCGAAGUGCUGGCGUAUGGGACAAUGACAAGACAGUGUGCUCCUGCUCAGGUAAGACGGUAUGGCAAGAGAGGGAGGAACAGCGCGAUCGCGGCAUGUUGUGA